GAAGCGGAGAAAGAUAACGAUUAAUUGAUUGCUAAAUCGAAUCAUGCUGUUGAUAUGUAAAUGGAUUCGUUGGUUGGAAAAAUUGACAGACUGAGCAGUCGGCCAGCACCCAGCGCCAGUUAAAAAGACGUCUUUCUUAUGCAUAAGGUAGAGCGGUAGUGUAGGUUGGUAAUAUGUGUAAAAAAAUUAUAUACGUAUGUAUAUACAUUAACUCAAAAGCUACGGGCAUAUCAGCUCAGCCACGAUGCUUGCCCUAUGUGUAGUCAACUCUUGACAUAAAUAAUUAUUAGUUUGAAAAUAGCAGUGACUAUAUAUGGAGAAGCUUGCAGAGUCGUAUUUGUUGGGAAUAGCGACGUAAUCGUGGGUUUUGAUUAUAUUUUGUCGCCUCUCAAACAUGACAAUUCACACAUACUCCGCAUCAUUGUUCAAUAAUGGCUGGUGCUUAAACUUAAUGACAAAUUAUUGGAUGCAAGUCAACACCUUUUUUAAAUGAUAUUGUUAAUUUUUUCCACACAAAAAUGCUAUUCACGUUUAUAAAUGCUGCUUAGUUCCCAAAGUAACCUGAAACUUUUGAUGGGCAUAAGGAUUACAAAAUCUGUAAAGACAAAAAAUUGAUCUAUCACACUUCAUCAACGAAAUACCGCCAAUCAUGCAUAAGUUUGUAUACCGUUACAUAUGUUUUUCUACAACCGAAUAACAUAUUAGUCCAGCGCGUAAUAGGAAUUAUGCAUUUCAUACAUACAUAUCUAAGAUAUCUAAGGAACACUCUUAAAAGUCUAAGAGUCGCAUACGGUGAGCCCUGUCCUAUUUUUCAUGUAGCCAUGUCGUUUUGGGAAUAGACUACAUUGUUAGGACUUUUUGCGGACACCUCUUGUUGCUAAUGAUAAGUUCAUUAGUAAUGUUUAUAUAUAAGAUACAAUACAUAUACCCAACCUACGAUCCUCAACUGCGUUCGCUUGUCAGCUGACUUAGAACAUGAUGUAAGUUAAGCUCUAUUACGGUGCGCACAGAUCGAUUUAAGCAUUUCGCAUCAUUCUUAUUACAUAGUAGUCCUAAUUUAAUCGAUAGAACGGAUGUGUACAUUGCGAACAAAAACGCGUAACAAACGCAUUGCGCUGCCAGUUGAAAAAAUUAAUGUAAGCUAUUGAACAAUAAAGUCCUCUUUUUAAAAGCGUCUCAUCAUGCCCUGGUAUAAUUGAUCCUCGACGAGGUCCUUCGGCUGAGCACUGUGUGCCAAAGUGCAUGUGUCAAGCCAUUUCCAGUAGUCACUUUCUAUCAACUUGAGCUGUAUAGCUUGUUUAGUCAACAGCCACAUGGAGAUUAAUAAUGGGAAUAAAUCGGAGAGUGUUCGGUGUCCUUUAAUGAAACAGUAGUGCAAUGGAUAUUGUACCGCAUCGUAUAUACCGUACCGUAUGUACUGUAUCCUAGAAUAGCGUUUGAAAUUAUAACGAGGAUAGAACGCAGUAAUGCAAACUCGAAGAGCCAUGGUCACGAUAGUAAACGCUGGAUAAAAGCCAGAUUGGUGUGUUCGCGAUAACUCUUAUUUUACGACCGGAAAGUUUAGCAGAGGUUGCUGAUUUUUUUUUUAAACCUAUAAUAACUCGAAGUUCGGCUGAUUUUAAGCCUUCCCGCAUCUUUGUUCAGCAGAGAGACAUAGCAGAGACAGGAACUUGUCCGGAGUUUAGAGAAAUCUCGAAAAUGUAAUGGCGACAGCUUAUUUUAAGCAUGAUGCCCAAACCGACGCUUACGGAUUGUACCUUGCAACAUGCUCGUCGGACAAAAAGGUGAAAGUGUUUGACAUAUCCGACAACAAGAAGCCCUUGUUGAUCAAAACGCUCGAAGGUCACGAAGGUCCUGUGUGGCAAGUGGCCUGGGCUCAUCCGACCUUUGGAACGAUCCUUGCCACGUGCUCCUACGAUAAGACGGUCAUCGUUUGGAAAAAGGGUCCUACUCCAGACGACUGGACGAAUAUCUUCACCUAUAAGGAGCAUACGUCAUCGGUAAACUCGAUCAACUGGGCUCCGCAUGAGUUCGGCCUGAUUCUCGCCGCUGGCAGCUCGGAUAUGACGGCCUCCGUACAUACCUGCAUCACCGAGACACGGUGGGAAUCGGUGAAGAUAGAAGCGCAUAACGUAGGCUGCAAUGCGGUCAGUUGGGCACCGGCCCUACAGAAUCGGCGCUUUGUCACAGGUGGCUGCGACAAUCUAGUGAAAAUUUGGAAGUUAGAUGAAGAAGCUCAUAAAUGGAUUAACGAACAUACUCUGGAGGGACACACUGACUGGGUUCGUGAUGUAGCGUGGGCACCAUGUUUAGGUCAGGGACGAAAUAUUAUCGCCUCGUGCGGCCAAGAUUGCCGUGUGAUUAUUUGGACCCAGGAGCGCGACCAGUGGCGUAGGAAGGAGCUUUCCCGCUUUAGAGACGUCGUUUGGUUGGUGUCGUGGGCAAUCACAGGGAAUGUACUCGCCGUGUCCGGCGGCGAUAACAAUGUCAGUUUGUGGACCGAGCGUGAAAACGGCGAAUGGGACACGUUCAGCGAAGUGAACAACGUGCCGAUGCCUCAACCUCUCCCACCGACAAGCCUAGUGCGAUCCUCACAUCAGCUGGCAGCAGCAAAACAGCUCGAUGCUGACUAGUCCGAAAUCAUAGGGUAUUAGUAGUUAUUAGUAUUAUUAUGCGGAAACGCAAGCCAAAGCUAAACCUAACGCUGUUGUUGGGUUCACAACGACCGUCGUUGUCCGGCAGAAGACAGACUGUUAAUGCUAGCUCAGGUCGUGUAAAGAACGACUAAGCGAGCAAUUUACAGAAAAAAAGGCAUCAAUAUGCGCAUGAAAACACUAUAAAUUGACGAAUAGUAAAUCGAACAUGAAGGACGUUGCAGGAAAAAUGCAAAUACUAAAUAAAUAAUGAGACAGCUGUUAAGGACUCGAACAGAAUGCAUUAAAAGUGAGAAUGGCACCCAGACGACGGCAACGAAAUGCGACACUGAGGCAAUGGAAGAAAAAAAAGCUACAUUAUAUCUUAGAGCGAGCCCGGGCGGGAUUCCACAUGCCGAUAAAUCCAGACAUAUAGCAGCGCACAAAGUCGUAGACGUCCACGUAACAGCUAUUAAUGUUCACGUAAGCAAUAUGUUGGGGCUUUCGUCGACUUUUUCUCGUUUGAUUCUUGUGAUUGACGAAUGUUGCAAUGAUGACAAUUGACGCUGCGUGAAUAUAUCGUUGCUGGAGGCGAUCUUGAGUAGGGGCAUGUAAUGAAACAAUUUAUUUCUAGGAGUAUAGGAUUGUGUGUGACCGCUGGGAGUUGCUUAGAUAGAUGUACGCACGCGCUCGCAACCAUGUCAGCCGUUUCCACCUAAUUGUUUUCUAUAUCAUCCAAGGAUGACUACAAGCGAAGACGGAAAUAUAAGUAGUAUAUAUAUAUAUAUAUGUAUAUAUAUAUGCAGUACAUAAAUCCGCUUCGCUUGACAUGUGCGAUGUUGCGAGCGGUCAAGGGAGGGAUUGAAGCCCUUAGAAAUUAAAAUGAACGGAGGAUGACGUACAAUAAAGUUUUUUGUAAGACGGAAUGUUUUACGAAUGGCCUAAAAUAUAAUACAGUCAAGCAACCAUAUAAACGAUGUUAUAGAACACAUACUAUGGUAGUCUACAGCAUAUAAUGAGGGCUAAGCUGUGCCUCUGUCAUGACUUAAAUGUAUAAUGUUAUAAGUUGCCACAAGUUAACGGCUGUCCAGCUUAAUGCGAAUGGUCCCGGUUAGAUCGAAUGCGUAACACAGGCUGGAAGAGAGAAAGGAUGAAUAAGAAAUCUCAGCUAUUGAAUACGGCUUGGUCUAAAUUUCGACUGGUUUUAUGUUACAAAUGAUUUUGCAUUGCACAGACAUAUGCUAUUUUGUGUUCUUUGAAGUUCUUUACUAUUACAAAAAAAAAGAAUACUAUAAUUGUUUUUUGUAUUCCUGAGUCUAAUACUUACAAUGGCAACUUAGUACCGUCGUUUCCCAAGUAUUAUCAGCCCUUUCGAGCAAGAUUACUGGUCAACUAAACUUCUAUGUAGAUCAUUCAAUUGAUGGCAAUUUCCUUCUUGCCUGUUUGGUUUUGAAACAAGGCUUCAAUGUGUAUCUUGACAUUGUCGCAUCACAUCUAUGUUCGAACAUUUUUUUGUACAUGACUUUAUCAUUUAUGGAUUUUUUCUCUUUGUCUGAUGCCGUAAUUAAAUUCAUUUAGUUCCUUGGUGAACAGCUGCUUUGGCUCGUACCUUUAAACACUACCAGGUGAAACCAUUGUAUUGUGAGCGAGACGCGGUAUAACCAAAAUUGAUUCCUUCAGCGAUAAUUUCAGAUACACACGUGACCCUAUUUCUGCACUUAACACAUGGCGUCUGAGAGAAAAAUGUACUAAGAUUCACGGUUUUAUAUCUGCUCCAUCUUACCGCCUGUAUUAGCGUCUGUUGUAUUGUAUAUAUAUAUAUAUAUAUAUAUGCAUGAUGUACUUGUACUAACAUAUUCACUAUUUUUGCCAAAUUCGAUAUUCGAAACGCGUUUUGGCGUCACGCUUUUAGCAGCUAUACCCAAAUAUUCGUCAUGUGGGUUUGGCACAUUAUUGGUCACCGGUGGAUGUACGUUCGUCGGCGUUCCUGUGUAGGUAACAACUAGCGGUAGUAUAUUUGAAUACUGCCACGAUGAUAUGUCUGUAUCGAAUCAAUAGUUUACGCAUAAAAAAGAUUUACGCGCUUUUAGAAAACAAAUACAUUUUACUCGAUUUAAAAACUCUUGUAAAACUUGCCAUGCCAUCCAGGCGAAAUUAAAGUGAAAUGAGGUGCUGAACUAUUGUUGAAGUUAAGCUUUUGACAAUAUAACAGGGGAAAAGUGACCUCAUAGCGUUCUGACGCGAUCAACGGGAGACCCUAAGUUAGCUUCACAAUAGUGUGAACACUUCUAGCUUGCGUAGGUGAUAUAACGGCAUACAAAAGGAUUCAGGUUUAACAGGAGGACGGCAAGAUGAAGGCAGAAGUAGGCUUACAAUUGACCGAUAAGGUAUCCUACACUAGGAGACAUCAAGUGAACAGUUAAAAAAAAAUAAGGCCUACAGUUCAAAUAGAUGCGACGUCGAUCGUAAACCAACAUUUCCUCCUAACUGAGGACCUUUUUUCAAACUGUAGAUUUUUUCAACACUUUUAUAGGCGGUUGGCAAAUACGUUACAUCAAACGUUUGAACCGAUCAUUUAAGGGUUUAGUUGUGAUAGCAGAACCGGACAAAUUUGGAUGAUUAUUACAAGGAAACUAUAAGAUUCUGUUAUUAUCUUUAUUCCAAAUGUAUAGAUUGAUUCUUAGUUAGCUCUGCUAGCCAUCUCACAAGUAAACAGAUUAACAUUAAGCCACAUAUAAUGUUUUUUGAUAACUCUCCUCAUUCAAGCACAGGUACUUUUUGUAACUCAUGUGCAUUAGUUCUUUUCCUUUUUCGUCACCUUUUAGCGUAUCAGCGCCUACUAUUAGGCUAAAUUGAUAAACACAUUUUUAAUUGUAAAUAGGAACAUCCUGGCUGCCUAUGAUGUACCUAAAAACGAAAUUCAUUAAUCAUCAUAUUAGACAAAUCAAUUUAUCUAUUUUAGUUAGCCACUAAAUACGUCGAUGCGAACAUACGAGGUAUAUCGUAUGGCGACAGCAUCCACAUUUAACAAAUAAUAGGCCUUUGAACUAAACCACUUACCCGUUUUAUAUUUUGUGUGCAUGAAGGAUUUCUAGAGAGGUUGUAUGGGUGUUUCAGCGGGCCGUUCAGAAACCAACAAGCGGUCAAAGAUAGAGCCGCUAGAAGUUGAUUGAAACGGUGAUAAAUAUAUAGGUCAUCAAAACUCAACUUCCUCGAGUUGAGCAACUGGUUCUCUUGUGACAAGCUGGCAUUACCCUUGCUCUGUAACAUCUACGUCAAUUACUGAAGCUGUUCGUUUGAAUGUCGCGUAUAAAAGCCGUGAACGCAUAUUUAUCAUCGCAAAAAUUGUAUAUAAAAUGAAACAGUGUUUGUAAAAAAUUGCUGGAGUACGUGCAAUGUCGGCGAAAUUUCCUACGCCCACCCGUAUGAAAGUGACAUCCGAGACCCUGCAAGUUACCUGAAUUAUCUGGAAGAUCGAAAAAUUUUGUGCGAUCCUUUAAAUGACGCAAGAUUCCAGAUAUUUUUAUGUGCAUAUGGGCUGCUCAAUUAGGUAACAAUGUUGUACGUUAUUCAUGUAUUGCAUCGCCUGUGUUAUAUAUAUAUAUAUAUAUAUAUAUAUAUAUAUAUAUAGUAAGUGCUUAAGCUAAAAAAGCAUACGUGUGUCGCAACGCAUGAUGCUAUCGCACAAUUAGCAAAGGCAAGAUUCGCCUAACUCAUCUUAGAAAUAUAGUUUAGGUACCAGCACAAAGAAAACUAACCAAUUCUAUUAUUUGCCCUCAUAAAAAAAUAAUUUUUCCCAGUUUUAGCUAAGGUUAACUAAAGACCUUCUGAACUGAGGCAUUUGAGAGCUCCAUAUAUAUAUAUAUAUAUAUAUAUAUAUAUAUAUAUAUAUAUAGAAUGUAAAAUAGUUUGGAGUCUUUGAUUUUUUGUUCUUUCACUGCACUUGAGAAUAGGAGCCACGGCUGAAAUUAAUAUUGAGCCAUGAGUAGGGUGUUUCGUACUUUUAAUGAGUUAACAGACAACUAUCGCAACGAGAAAGGUCGAAUUUGGAGAAGUUGUCUUAGACGAUAUCGCGACUAGAGUAAAAUAGUACGGAUUGUGUCAUGCGAUCACUAUAUUACUCCGAGUGUGCAUACAAGGCAGAAGGGCAGGUUGCAUGAUGAAAGAUAACGCGGAUUAAUUAAGGCCAGCACGUUAUAGAUAAAGCGGUUUCUAUUGAAUUCAAUUUUAUCUCGCGUAUAUGUGUAUAACGUAUAAGGAGAUGAACGUUUUCAUUUGCCUGUCAGUUGGACUCUUAUUUAGACCGCUGAGGCAAGCGGUUACACCAAUGGGUACCAAACCUUGUAACAAAGAAAGCCCAUUAACAAGCAAUGAUUCUUGACAACUGACAUCUUGUAAUGUAACGAAGGCAGGAUUACAAUGUUUAGUAAAAUUCGGCCAUUUUAUGUAUGCACAAGUAGUGAAUGAUGAUAAUGCUACCGUCACCCUAAGUAGGGAAUAAUGAUGAGAAACCGAGACGUAUUUCCCACACUUCGGAUUUGGCAUGAGAUCUAUAUAAUGAUUCAGCCAGAUCCAUAUACAUACGUGUGGCUUAAUCAGUACGCUUCAAAGUGUGAGUGUACGCAAGAGCUUGCUUUGUACAUUUCUUGCUUGUUAAACGACCUCUUUGUAAUAAGAGUCAAGGCCAUACUAAGUGGCUAUCGCGAAUUCAAGACUACAAGAUAUGUAGUUAGCUAUAAAGCGGUCACCUAAAUUAUAAUAACGGAGGAUGCAGGGGAAAAAGACGGAAGCAUUUGGUAUUUAUUACCUAUCCAAACCGUUCAGGAAGAUUAUGUGAAUGCCCUCUGACACCACACCCAUAAUUUAGCUACAUGAUUUAAUACAGCGCUGAACAAUGUAUGUAACGAAAGUGCAAAAACAACGAGAUGAGAAGGUUAAACAGAACACUGCCAGAUGACUUUUAUUAUUGAUGCCAUUAUUGUCUUGCUUUUAUUCCAGAGUAUCGAACGAUUUAUAAAGAACAAAUUAUAUAUUAUUUCUACGUUUUAUAAUAGCUAAAUAUGUAUAUAUGUAUAUCCGAAAGAUUAAAAGAUGGCGAAAACUAUUGCGAUGAUACGUGUCGUCUUCACAGAGAUCAAUGAAAAUAAAGAGUUUUGUUUGACAUUCGA